AUGGUUUAUUAUAGUUUAGGCAAUAUUAAUCCAAAAUUCAGGUCUAAAUUAACUGCAAUACGACUCCUUGCUAUCACAAAAUCUAAUGAUGUGUCUAAAUGUGGUGUUGAUGCUAUUUUAAAAAGAUUUCUUAAAGAUCUGCUCUACAAUGCUGUUAAAAUCAAAACGCAUCAUGGUGAAAUGGACUUCUUGUAUGUGGAGAUACACUUAUUCAACAUGAGCUUGCAGGCUUUAAAGAAGGUGUUGGCUUUGCCUAAAGUAAAUGCAGACACUGUGAAUGCAACUUUGAGGAUAUGCAAAUGA